AUGCACACACAUAAUCAUCACACCACCACCAUCCCAUCACCGCCACACCACCACUCAGUCACCAUCAUCACCAGACCACCACAACACCAUCACCAGACCACCACUCAGUCACCAACACCGUCACCACCACAACCCUCACCACCAGACCACCACUCAGUCACCACCCAUCAACACCCCACCAACACCACACCAUCACCACCGAUCGAAGCCCAAAUCCAACGCCACCACCGUACUCCCAUUUUCACCACCACCUCUGCUUCCAGCCACCAGACGCCAUCAUCAACCACCGCUAUCGGACUUCACCACCACCUCUGCUUCCGGCCACCACCACCCAUCACCACCAGCCCACCACCAUCACGACACCCUCACCGAAAUUCCAACCAUCACAUGCCGAAGUCAGUGUCAUAA